CAGUCAUCCUCGUGAGCCAGCCUGUGCGCCUACAGCCGCCUCCGACGGGCGGGAAGCACGCGCUGGAUUCUGUGGCUGAUUUUCAAACUUUAAGCGUCUCCUGAGGAAUUAGCCCCAGCCGCAGCUGCCACGGUACACAACACCGGGUCGGAUACCGAGCGGGUGUAAGCGGAGGAUUUGACCGGACGACGGAGGAAAUGUGAGCGACAAUGUGACGUUUCGGAGCCUCGACAAGGAUUAUCGCCGUCUCCAACCGUGGGCUGAUUUUCCCUCAAAAGAUAAGCGACUUUCGGCAUGCAGAGCCUGCUGCGGAUCUGCGAGCCUCCACCAACGUGAAGCAAGAGCGUAGCUUGUUAAAAGUGCAGUUUUAGCCAUCGCUACAAGAUUGCUAGUUUUCUCUGAAAGUGCAUUUCCUCCCUAAAAACGCUCUCGGAAUAUCAGAGUCAGCGGUGUGAUUUAUAAUUGAUAACGGAGGACGGAGCUGCCGGACACCGCCCGGACCGGGAUUUCAUCCUCUUUGGGGAAAAGAAAAGGACUGGCAGCUUCCAGCUGGGCGUGCAGACGGACGGAGACGACGCUCAUCACCUGGAAUGUUUGGAAAGUGAAAUUGUUUUAGGUUAUCUGUUUAAAAGGGGCCCUUACUGGAGGGAUACCUGCAUGAUUUUGGGAGCAGUCCAGCCAUUCAGAGCCCCUAAAGCGGAAGCUCCUAUUUUUGUACUCAAGGACACCUUCAGUGUCGGUGGGUGUAGUUUCUUACAGCCUGGCAGUAUUUGGGUUUUGAAGCACAAGCCGGAGCAGGAUUUCUACGGGGACUUCAGAUUAUCGGAAUUAAAGCUCUUUAGCCCCUCAGCACCACUUUUCUCUGAGGCUUGUUCUCCAGCAUCGAUGCAGAUAGCUCUUCCGUGCCCGUUACUUUAAAUACGCUAUUGGAGUAACGUUACUUGGGCUUUUUGAGGCGAAUAGGAGUUUUAUCAACAGCGGUGUGACCUCCUCCCCUCUGCCACCCACCCAUCCUGUUCUUUUCAGGAACUACGUGUACAGGAGUGUUUCUCGUGGCUGUGCACGGUAAGCCCACCGGCACCUGGAUCCCUUCUUCGCCCCGUUUUUUUUCUUUUCUGCUGCCUAACCGCGCGCAAGUCUUUUCCGCUGCCUGAGCUCACUCACACACUCUCUUUCACACACACCGCUUUUUUUCAGCACCAGAAAACAAACAAACAAACAAAAAACUACCAAGAUAGCCCCUCUCGCUUCAUGUGCAAGGGAAGGAAUCGCGCAAGAGGGGAGACCGUGAGUUGGGAUAAGGUGCUGAGCCCGAUCGGCUUUAAAGCAUUUUAUUGAGAGGGGAGUCCUCACUGUGAUUUCCAUUAGUGGACCGAUCGGGGGAGAAAGACGAGAGGAUUUGUGUGGAGGGGGUAGAAAAGAGACACAUCAGGAGGAGAGGAGUUGGUGAUCGAUGAAGGUGUCAGAAAGGACUGACAGUGGAAGCAGAUGACAGAAAGGUAGGAGGGUGUCCUUGUUAGCUUGUCAUCCUGUUGUAACCCUGAGGCCAGUGAUGUGACUGGAAUGUGAAUUCAUCAUAAAAGGACCAACUCUACCUGAGGACUUCCUGCUUCCCCAAGAAACUCAGGCAAACUUGGCAGACUUUGACGGGCAGGUGACUGAGCCAAUGAUAGACUUACAGGACUUUUAACGAGCGCCUGCUGGGUCCUCCAGUCCGAUUUACGAGGGCGUGUGCACCACACGGAUGAGCCCGUGAACCCGGAUGAGCACCAUCGCUGCGAUAAACCCUGUAAGAAGAGGACGGCCCCCCUCCCUGCUGGCUCUGUUUAAGGUUUCACUCCAGUUCCACACCAAACUGGGCUGUUCCUGAUCGAGUCAUCACAUCGCUACCGUACUUCGUCGUGAGAGGCUGACAUUGUUGAAGAGAUACUGAAACCCUCUGAAGCAGCAGGAGAGCAGCCAUGGAUAUCAUCUCCUUGCUGGUCUGCCCUCUCCUCUUCAUCCUCCUGUCCUCCCUCCCCUCCUGCUCCUCGUCCAUGCUGUGUCCGAAGCGGUGCACGUGCCAGAAUCUGCUGCCGUCCUACACGGUGCUUUGCGCCAAGACAGGCCUCCUCUUCGUUCCGCCCAACAUUGACCGCCAGACGGCUGAACUCAGGCUGAUGGACAACUUCAUUACGACGCUGAGGCACCGUGACUUCGCCAACAUGACCAGCCUGAUCCACCUGACACUAAGUCGAAACACCAUCAGCCAGAUCAGGCCGUACACCUUUGCCGAUCUCCAGGACCUCCACGCCCUCCACCUGGAUGCCAACCGCCUCACCGUGCUGGAUGACUCUCACUUCCAGGGCCUGGUCAACCUGAGGCACCUCAUCCUGGCCAACAACCAGCUGCACAGUAUAUCAGAGGGAGCCUUUCAGGACUUCCUGGAGACUCUGGAGGAUUUGGAUCUGAGCUACAACAACCUGGUGGAAAUCCCCUGGGACACCAUUGCUUUGCUCGUCAGUGUCAACACCCUCAGCCUGGACCACAACCUCAUAGAGAGCGUCCCAGAGGGAAUCUUCUCCAACCUGCACAAACUGGCCAGGCUUGACAUGACCUCUAACAAGCUGAAGAAAAUACCUCCAGACCCACUGUUCCUGCGGAUCCCGGUGUACGCCAAGAUGAAGGGCUCUCCUCUUACAGCGCUGGUGCUGAGUUUUGGCGGGAACCCUCUGCACUGUAACUGUGAGCUGGUUUGGCUUCGCAGGCUGACCAGAGAGGACGAUCUGGAGACCUGCGCUUCACCUAAAGACCUGGCUGGCAAAUACUUCUGGACCAUAAGAGAGGAGGAGUUUGUUUGUGAGCCACCAAUGAUAACGCGCCACACCUCCAAGAUGUUUGUAAUGGAGGGUCAGGAAGUCAGCCUGCGAUGCAAGUCCAUCGGUGACCCUGAGCCGUCAACACACUGGGUCAGUCCAGAUGGGAAGUUGAUUGGAAACACAUCGAGAACAAUCUGCUACGAGAAUGGUUCCCUUGACAUUCUCAAGGCCUCCGUCAAGGAUUCUGGAAAGUUCACCUGUAUAGCGUCCAAUGCUGCCGGGGAGGCCACUGCUCCUGUCGAGUUAGUCGUGAACCCUUCUCCACACUUUGACCCCAAGCUGGACCCUGACCCGGGGCCUUCAGACAUCCCUACGUCCAUCAAAUCCAAUAUCAGCGGAGGCCAGGCCCGCUCUGACCAGCACAGGGUCAGCGUGUCGGAUCUGACGUCCAGCUCUGCCACCAUUAGAUGGCCUCCACAGAACCACAUACCAGGAGUGCGCAUGUACCAGAUCCAGUACAACAGUUCCACAGAUGAUAUACUCAUAUACAGGAUGAUCCCAGCUAACCACAAGUACUUCCAGCUGAGUGAUCUGGCAUCAUCACGGGAUUACGAGCUGUGCGUUUUGGCUGUGUACGAUGAUGGCAUCACCACGCUGACAGGCACUAAGCUGGUGGGCUGUGUGUCCUUCACAACGGAGUCAGAAUACGGACGCUGCCACUCUAUACGAGACCAGUUCCUGGGUGGUACCAUGAUCAUCAUCAUUGGGGGGAUCAUCGUGGCCUCUGUCCUCGUCUUCAUCUUCAUUCUCCUGAUGAAGUACAAGCUGCACAGUAACCACUACAAGCAGAAAGCCGUCGCACGCCACGCCAACGUCUGUUCCCAGACCAACGGAGGAGGAGGUGGAGCCAACAUCCUUGCUCUGCCUCCAUCGUCCUCCUCUGCAGGGCAAGGUGGAGGCAUUAAUAGAAACUCCCAACCGUCAUCGUCGACAGAUGGGAUGGGAGGAGCUUCUCUUCGAGGGACGACUGUAGUGGACUUAAAUCCCGCCCAUGACGAUGACAUUUCCCAAUAACACACAAGAAACAGUCCAACCCACAGCCCACCAAUCUCUAAGCCCAAACCAAUACUCCACCUCCCUCCCCCUCUUUUUUAAUUUGUUGCUGGUGCCUGGAGCCAAGCUCCACUUUAAGCCGAGGAGCAGCUCCUGUCAUUGAUUUACUUACAUUCAGCUUCACAGCGCUGGAGGGAGAAGAGGUGAGAGAGGUGCCUCGUGGGUUGUAUGUUAACAUCCUUCUUGUGAGCCCUGACGGUUUGAUACACACUAUCCUCUGAUACCACAUCAUACCAGACCCACACAGGAUGUGACCUUUGGAGCCAGAGAAUUCAAAGCCCACCUGCUGAUAUGCAAAAGACCCCACGCCGCUGGGAGAGACAUGUUGGAUGCAGGUCUGGAACUGGUUCUCGAAACUUUGGAUCAGAGGAACGAGAUAAAACCCUCACAGAAGCUCUUUUUCUUCUUUCGAGGAUGUAAACAAUCAUCUGAUGGGUGUUUGUGUGAUCGCUUCGUUUCUGAGAAUGUGCAGAACAGAUGUAUGUGGACAACAUUUCCCCUGGAUGUUAUUGUGGUCAGUGGUUGGUGGCACCGCUCUUCUCUUUCCCCAGCAUAUAGUCAUAUGCCAAAGGAUUACAACAGUAUUAUGACAGCACUAUUACAACACUGGGAGGACACCCAGACUUCCGGAAACACACCUCUUAGAAACUCCAUGUUGGGCCUUGGAUUGAAAAUAUGAGCACAUUGUCAGCGUCUUGUCUCAAAGCAUCUAUGAUAAUAACAAACAGUCAAGAAACUAAACCGUGAACUCUUCUGGCACUUUAAUCAUAUGUUUUCAUCUCAUCCCUCUGCCCUGCCUUCUCUGGCUCUAUUUCUCUUAAUCACUCUGUCUCUCCCCUUUUCUCUCUGAUGAACAGCUGACUUGUAUAUCCUCCAGUAUUACCAAUCUAACUCUUCUGGCUGUGGAUGACUUAGAAAAUGUUGACAUAAUCGGUAUGUUUGCGUCCAUUGUGGAUCGGUUCUCUCUUUGUUGGAAUAUUACAAAAAAAAUUAAAAUCGGUGUCCCGAGGACGGAGCCUUUAGGAGCACCAGCGGGAAGUGAUUCAGCGUCUGCGGCAGCACGCGCGCGUCUCUACACGUGACGGUGAAAGCGACGAAAACGCUCUAACGCUGGAGAGCAGCUGUGUGUGAACACAUCGCUGGUGAACUUGACCGAAACUGUUCCUACCACUAAACGCUGGCACUCGGGAUGGUUAAAUAUACCAAGUGGUUUUAAAAAAUGGCCGGCAGAACUCGCGCCGUCCCUUCCUGCCCCCCCCUCCCCUCCUCCCUCCCCCUCGAUGCCCCUCUUUGCCGUUGACAGUGUCUGUGUUUGUAUGCGACAUACACCUUACAGUCUUCGAUGGUUUGAUACCCAUGAUUUACUUUGAAUAUAACGAAACUAAUGACCACAAUAAGGAGAAAAAAACACAACAACAUGCGAUUUUAUGCUUUCAUAGAUACAAUUAUGUGGAUUUAUAAUGAAAUAAAAGGUAUUUUUCUUGGAAGAAAA